AUGAUGGCGUUCCUCGCCCCCAAUGCUCGCUGCUGCCUCCCAGCAGCCCCGCCCAUCCUCUCAUCCCUCGCCAGCCCUCCCCCUGCUUCCCAAGCUCCUCCUCCUCCUCCUCCUGCUUCCCAAGCCGCCCCCUUCUCAGCGGCUGUCGCAUCUACCACCGAGCUCCCAUUUGCCCGUGAUGCCGUCCCCGUUGCUGCUGCCUCCAGCGCCGCUGGUUUGCAUCAUCCAUUGAAGCGACCACGGCACGACUGCCCCGGCCUGACGGCAGGCCAACCGGUGCUUGGGGGAAGCGGGAGCUGGGUAGUGCGAGGCGGGGUGGUGUGUGGCACGCAGCGCCGGCGUCAGUCAGUGGGAGAGCAGUUCCAGCAGCAGGGGGAGAGCAGCCGCGUUCAUCAAGCAUCAGAAGAAACCCUUUUGGAGGCUCUGCUGCUGCAGGAGGAGCAUCGCCAGCAGCAGGGGGGAGUGGGCAGAAGGGUGCUGUGGCCGCCCGUUGGGUCGGAGAGUGCCCUUCCAGACGACGUGCUGCUGAAAUUUGACAAUGGGGUCCCUACCUUCACGCAACGUGCCGCUCUCUCUGCUCCUCCGCCCACGCAGCCACUCGCUUCUCUUCCGUCGCCAAUGCCCCCCCAACUCGCCGCUCUGCCCGGCUCCGCUCCCCGCACUGGUGAUGCCACACCCUGGUGUGGGUAUUUCGCUCCCUGCAUUGAGGAUUUCGCGGUGCAACGGCUAGACUUGCCCUUCGUUGGGUCGGAGAGUGCCCUUCCAGACGACGUGCUGCUGGGACUCUGCUGUGAGGACCUUGCUUUCGUUGAAGGCACUGCUUUCUCUGCUCCUCUGCCAGCCCAGCCACUCGCAGCAUUGCCAACAGCAAUGCCCCCCAAACGCGCUGCUCUGUCUGGCUCCGCUCCCUGCAUUGGGGAUGGUUGCACACUGCAGCGGGUGGACUGGCCGCGCAUUGGGUCGGAGAGCGCCCUUCCAGACGACGUGCUGCUGGGAGUCUGCUGCGAGGGCCCUGCCUCCGCACAACGUGCUGCUCCCUCUGCUCCUCCGCUCAACCAGCCAUUCGCACAGCCGCUCAACCAGCCAUUCGCACAGCACGUUGGGUUGGAGGGUACCCUUCCAGACGACGUGCUGCUGGGAGUCUGCUGUGAGGACCCUGCUUUAGCACAACGUGCUGCUCCCUCUGCUCCUCCGCUCAACCAGCCACUCACACCGCUGCUAUCUCCUAUGCCCUCCCCACUCGCUGCUCUGCCAGGCUCCGCUCCCGGCAGCACGAGCUGGUGCAUGGCAGCGGUGCUUGCUGGGAGUGCGUGUGGCACACAGGAGCAGGAAUACGUGGAUGCAUGUAUUGACGCGCUCUGGAACGGAAGCAACACCAACAACAACGACAGCGACAACCACAGUGACAAAGGCAAGGAUGCUCUCUUUCUCGACACGCCCGUGGCUGACAUGCUGCUGAGUGGGAGUGCCCUCACCAUUCCUUUGGCCAGUGGACCUCAGACCCAGCGACCUGCACCCCCUUGUGCUGCUGGGACAGCCGCAGGUGCUGCUGGGACUGCCCUGUCAGAGAGGGCGGUGGAGCAGGGAGUGACCGGGGCGGGAGCCACAGCCACAGCCACAGCCACAGCCACAGCCACAGCCACAGCCACAGCCACAGCCACAGACACAACCACAGACACAGACACAGCCACAGCCACAGCCACAGCCACAGCCACAGCCACAACCACAGACACAGACACAGCCACAGCCACAGCCACAACCACAGCCACAGCCACAGCCACAGACACAACCACAGACACAGACACAGCCACAGCCACAGCCACAGCCACAGCCACAGCCACAGCCACAGCCACAGCCACAGCCACAGCCACAGCCACAGCCACAGCCACAGCCACAGCCACCGACGCCUUUGCUGGGAAUGCCUUGGCAGCUUCCACUGGCCCAUGCAUCACUACCGCUAUCAAGAAGAGCAGCGAAGACGCCAUGCCGCAUUCCUCGGAAGCUGUUGACUCGCCAGCGUCGCAAUCGCAAUCCUCAUCGCCCGGCAUGAUGCAGCCAUGGUCGCUAGAGGUGGGUCGCCAGAGCCUGAGCAUCUUCAACACGCCUCAGCCUCUCCUCUCUGAACACCUCUCCUAUCUAUGGCCGUGCGUUGAUGGCAGGAAGUUCACAGACCACUUUCGCCAGAACUUCCUGGAAAAGCACCUGGGAGCUGCUACAUUCUCCCAAAAUACUUCAUACAACCAACACACUCAAGAUUUGAAGCAGCAGCAGCAGCGUUCGGAGGGCGUGGGAUCAGCUGCGCUGGCGUUCGGAGGGCUGUCGUAUGACGAGUGCAUGAUGGCGUUCCUCGCCCCCAAUGCUCGCUGCUUGAUCCCAGCACACCCACCCUACCUCUCAUCUCUCGCCACCUCUCCCUCUGCUUCCUUAGCUCCUCCUGCUUCCUUAGCUCCUCCUGCUUCCUUAGCUCCUCCUGCUUCCUUAGCUCCUCCUGCUUCCUUAGCUCCUCCUGCUUCCUUAGCUCCUCCUGCUUCCCAGGCUCCUCCUGCUUCCCAGGCUCCUCCUGCUGUUUCCCAAGCCGCCACCUCCACUGCUGCGACUGAUCGUACCGCCGAUUUCGCCCAUGAAGCCAUUUCUGUCGCUGCUGCCUCCAGCGCCGCUGCUCUGCAUUGUCCAUUGAAGCGACCACGAGACGACUGCUCCGGCUGGGGAACAGACCAGCCUCUGUUGGGUGGACGUGACUGCCGGUUGGUGCGAGGCGGGGUGGUGUGUGGCACGGAGUGCCGGCAUCAGUCAGUGGCAGAGCAGUUCCAGCAGCAGGGGGAGAGAAGCGACCUGCAGAAGGCAUCAGAAGAAGCCCUUUUGGAGGCGCUGCUGCUGCAGGAGGAGCAUCGCCAGCAGCAGCAGGGAGGAGCGAGGAGCAGGGCGCAGCGGGUGCUGUGGCCGUGUGUUGGGUCGGAGGGUGCCCUUCCAGACGACGUGCUGCUGAAAUUUGACAAUGAAGUCCCUGCCUUCACGCAACGCGUCGCUCUCUCUGCUCCUCCGCCCUCCCAACUCGCUGCUCUGCCUGGCUCUGCUCCCCGCACUGGUAAUUCCACCGCCUGGUGUGGGUAUUUCGCUCCCUGCAUUGAGGAUUUCGCGGUGCAACGGCUAGACUUGCCCUUCGUUGGGUCGAAGAGUGCCUUUCCAGACGACGUGCUGCUGGGACUCUGCUUGGAGGACCCUGCUUUCGCGGAAGGCACUGCUUUCACUGCUUUCUCUGCUCCUCUGCCAACCCAGCCGCUCGCAGCAUUGCCAACAGCAAUGCCCCCCAAACUCGCUGCUCUGUCUGGCUCCGCUCCCUGCAUUGGGGAUGGUUGCACACUGCAGCGGGUGGACUGGCCGCGCGUUGGGUCGGAGAGCGCCCUUCCAGACGACGUACUGCUGGGAUGCUGCUGCGAGGGCCCUGCCUCCGCACAACGUGCUGCUCCCUCUGCUCCUCCGCUCAACCAGCCAUUCGCACAGCACGUUGGGUUGGAGGGUACCCUUCCAGACGACAUGCUGCUGGGAGUCUGCUGUGAGGACCCUGCUUUAGCACAGUGCGCUGCUCUCUCUGCCCCUCCGCCCACCCAGCCACUCACACCGCUGCGAUCGCCUAUGCCCUCCUCACUCGCUGUUCUGCCUGGCUCCGCUCCCGGCAGCACGAGCAGCUGCAUGGCAGCAGUGCUUGCUGGGAGUACGUGUGGCACAGGGGAGCAGGAACACGUGGAUGCAUGCAUUGAUGCGCUUGGCGAGGGAAGCAACACCGACAACAACAGCAAUGGCGCUGACAACGGGGACGGUGACAACCACUGUGACAAGGGCAAGGCUGCUCUCUUUCUCGACACGCCAGUUGUUGAUGUGCUGCUGAGUGGGAGUGCACCCACCAUGCCCUUUCCCAGUGGGCCUCAGUCUCAGGGGCCUGCACCUCUUGAUGCUGCUGGGACAGCCGCAGGUGCUGCUGGGACUGCCCUGUCAGAGUGGGCGGUGGAGCAGGGAGUGGGCGGGGAGGGAGGCCAGCCACACAGGCAGCAGCAGUUUCUCACCCAAGAGGCCGCGCUUGCGCAGUGGAGUGCUCGUCAGCACUUGGAGCUUGAGCCCAUUCCAUUGCUCUGUCAGGAUUUCAAGCAGCAACAGCAGCAGCAGCAGCAGCAGCAGCAGCAGCAGCAGCGGUCGGAGCAUUGGGAGGGCGUGGGAGCAGCAGCAGUGGCGUUCGGAGGGCUGUCGUAUGAGGAGUGCAUGAUGGCGUUCCUCGCCCCCAAUGCUCGCUGCUGCCUCCCACCACCCCCGCCCUCCCUCUCAUCCCUCGCCAGUCCCCCCCCUGCUUCCCAAGCUCCUUUUCCUGCUGCCGAAACCGCCUCUUUCUCUGCUGCUGCUGCUGCUGCUUCUACCACCGAGUUUCCAUUCGCCCUUGAAACUUUCCCAGUUGCUGCUGCCUCCCACGCCGCUGCUCUGCGCCGUGCAGUGAAGCGACCGAGGGACGACUGCAUGGGGAUGGGGGCAGACCAACUUCUGCCGGGUGGACGUGACAGCCAGUUGGUGCGAAGCGGGGUGGUGAGGGAUGGGAUGGCGUGUGGCACGGAGAGCUGGCUUGAGUCAGUGGCAGAGCAGUUUCAGCAGAGUGCGUGCAUACAGCAGCAGGCAGAGGAAGAAGCCCUUUUGGAGGCUCUGCUGCAGGAGGAGGAACGCCAGCAGCAGCAGGGAGGAUUGAAGAGCAGGGUGCAGCGGGUGUUGUGGCCGCAAAUCGGGUCGGAGAGUGCCCUUCCAGACGACGUGCUCCCUGCCUUCACGCAACGUGCCGCUCUCUCUGUUCCUCCGCCCACCCAGCAGCCCAAACCUUUGCCAUCGCCAAUGCCCCCCAAACUCGCUGCUCUGUCUGGCUCCGCUCCCUGCAUUGGGGAUGGUUGCACACUGCAGCGGGUGGAGUGGCCGCGCGUUGGGUCGGAGAGUGCCCUUCCAGACGACGUGCUGCUGGGUUUCUGCUGGGAGGGCCCCCCCUCUGCGCAACGUGCUGCUCUCUCUGCUCCUCCUCCCGCCCAGCCACUCGGCUGCCAUCUCCAAUGCCCUCCCAACCCGCUGCUCUGCCUGGCUCCGCUCCCGGCAGCACGAGCAGCUGCAUGGCAGCGUGGCUCUGACAGCCACAGUGACAAGGAGAAGGAUGCUCUCUUUCUCGACACGCCCAUGGCCCACCUGCUGCUGGGUGGGAGCGCCCUCACCGUGCCCUUCACCAGUGGACGUCAGGCUCAGGAGCCUGCACCCCCUGGUGCUGCUGCGCCAACCCCUGGUGCGGCUGGGGCAGCCCCAGCCACAGCCACUGCCACAGCCACAGCCACUGCCACAGCCACAGCCACUGCCACAGCCACAGCCACAGCCACAGCCACUUCCACUGCCACUGCCACAGCCACAGCCACAGCCACAGCCACAGCCACAGCCACAGCCACAGCCACAGCCACAGCCACAGCCACAGCCACAGCCACAGCCACAGCCACAGCCACAGCCACAGCCACAGCCACUGCCACUGCCACUGCCACUGCCGCAGCCACAGCCACAGCCACAGCCACAGCCACAGCCACAGCCACAGCCACAGCCACAGCCACAGCCACAGCCACAGCCACAGCCACAGCCACAGCCACAGCCACAGCCACAGCCACAGCCACUGCCACUGCCACUGCCACUGCCGCAGCCGAUUCCAAAGCUACUAACACUGCUACCAACGCCAUGGCUGAGAGUGCCUUCCCAACUUCUACUGGCCCCAGGCGCCACCAGUGCACCUUACACGCCCUCCAACCCACGGGGCUCGCACAUGCAAGCUCCCAUACAGCCACGCCCAGCCGUGCUGCAGCAGCCCUUUCCUUCUGGUGCUCUGCCAUCUCUCUACUAGCACCCUGCCAUGCUGCCUCCGUGGUCCGACAUGGCCGUUACUCUGGCAGGUGA